AUGUCCACCACAGAGACGUUUCACCUAUUCCCUUACCUGCCUUGGAGCUUCGCAUUCACUGAAAUCCCAUCGGGCACAUCGGACUUCCAGCGGAAAUAUGUUUGGAUCAACUGGGAGUAUGAUACAAUCCGGGCGGGGAUGACCGAACUGCGCCACUUUAGGUACGAAAGCAUCCAAACUUCUAUUCAGCGGCUCGACAUCGAGAUACCGCGGCUUCUGCCUGGAGAGAUCAAGAUUCUUCAGGGCUUUGUAAAGCUCAAGAAGCUUGAUAUUCACGGCGAGAUCUGGAAUUUCCGAUGGGCCUUUCGCCUGUUCCCCCUUGCAUGUGGCCAGAAAAAUAUCAUCCUACACGAUAUGCUGGACAUUCUUACGUUGGACAGCUUUGACUGGGAUGAGUUAUGGGACGACCUGUGGGAUGAAGAUUUACCUGUCUAUGAUUAAGAUGUGUAAUCACGUCUGUUCUCAGUGUAUGCGAGGGCUAUCUUGGCUGGCCCUGAAGACGCACCUUGGAAGGCAGAUGAAACCAACACGCCUAUCAUGUUCGGCUUAAUAGGC